UUGUUGUGUAAGGGCUCAAUUGAAGGCCAGCCAGACGUACUUGUUGCCAACUACGUCUUGCACUGCAGGUACGGGUGUUAGUUGUACCAGUCUAUACGAGGAACCUAGCGAAUCAAAAUGGCCCUGUCUAGCUCCCUCCUCCGUUCCCUGUGUUUAAGAACAGUUCCUCAGCUGGUGACAAGAAGCCAGAGUUCUGUAGCAGCGCCACAGCCAACCCAACAGAGUACAAAUGUGGAGAAAGCAAAGACUACAAAGGCUAAAUUUGACUGGCGUGAUGCGCUUAAUCUUGAAAGCCAGUUGACAGAGGAUGAGAUUAUGAUUAGAGAUGCCUUCCGUGACUACUGCCAAGAGAAGCUAAUGCCACGUAUUAGGGAUGCAAACAGACAUGAAAAGUUUGACCCAGAGAUUAUGUCAGAGAUGGGUGAUAUGGGUGUGCUGGGCCCAACAAUUCAUGGAUAUGGAUGUGCUGGUGUCUCCUCUGUUGCAUAUGGCCUUAUUGCUCGAGAAGUUGAAAGAGUAGAUUCUGCUUACAGAUCUGCAAUGUCUGUCCAGUCAUCACUUGUCAUGUACCCCAUCUGGGACUUUGGUACAGAAGAGCAGAGAACAAAAUAUCUUCCCAAACUUGCGAAAGGAGAAUUAAUUGGAUGCUUCGGGUUGACUGAGCCUAACCAUGGGAGUGAUCCAGCUGGUAUGGAGACUCGUGCAAAAUACGUCCCAUCUGAUAAAGUUUAUCUUCUUAGUGGUUCCAAGACAUGGAUCACAAACUCGCCCAUCGCAGAUGUUGUUGUGGUGUGGGCCAAGUGUGAGGAUGGUCACAUACGUGGGUUCAUCAUGGAGAAGGGUAUGCCAGGUCUUGAUUGCCCCAAGAUUGAGGGAAAAUUCUCCCUUCGUGCAUCAACAACUGGUAUGAUCCUUAUGGAUGAUGUAGUUGUGCCUGAAGAAAAUAUGCUACCAGGAGUUAAGGGGCUAAAGGGGCCUUUCAGCUGCUUGAACAAUGCACGAUUCGGUAUUGCCUGGGGUGCUCUUGGAGCAGCAGAAUUUUGCUUGGAUGCUGCACGUAGUUACACAUUAGACAGGCAGCAAUUUGGUCGUCCUCUGGCAAACAACCAACUCAUUCAAAAGAAGAUGGCUGAUGCUUUGACUGAAAUUGCUCUGGGUCUUCAAGGUUGUCUUCAAGUUGGUCGUCUCAAAGAAGAGGGAAAGGCCACACCUGAAAUGAUCAGUCUAUUAAAGCGGAACUCUUGUGGGAAGGCACUUGAUAUUGCCCGUCAUGCACGGGAUAUGCUUGGUGGCAAUGGAAUUUGUGAUGAAUACCACGUCAUCCGACAUGUAAUGAAUCUGGAAGCAGUGAACACCUAUGAAGGUACACAUGAUAUCCAUGCACUCAUCUUAGGCCGUGCCAUUACUGGACUUCAAGCGUUCAGUGGUAAGUAAGAGUUGGGCUUCCCUGGAGACACUAGUCAGUCUAUAGCAUUAUUGUACAUUUUAUUAGACCUUUUGUAUGGUGGUAUUGUGUGACAUAGUUCUUCUGUCAGUGUUGAAACAAAAUACAGUAGACAAUUAGACUCGCUCAGUGCAGCUCUGCGUCAGUUAUGUGGCUGAUCAUUAACUAAAGGUAAGAGGUAGUGUUUGACUCAUUAUUACAUUAGUAGUAGUUUCUCAGGAGAAGUAAAAUGUACCAGGUUUCAUGUGCGGUAUGUUACAGUGGUGAAGGGUACUGAGUAUUGUUCAUCAAAUUAUAAAUUCUAUAUUUUAUACAGAGAAUAUAUUUGUAAAUAUAGAUAAUGAAAGUUUCACACUAUUUUAUUAAAUUUGUGGAUAGACAUACUUUCCUGGCAGAAUUGUGCCAUUUGUUAGCAAGACUAUAUUAAGUAUACUGUAUCAAUCUAGUUCAACAAUGAGGAUACUAUACAGUAUGUAUCAUCAUCCUGCCUAGUUGGGCUAAACCCUUUCUUGCUACAUGGCCAAGCUAGCAUAUGUAUGAAAUUUGUCAGAAGUACAUUAUUGAAUGGAGUACUACUCUAAUGAGCAUAUGUAGUAAGGAAGGAAUUAAAUCAUGUGUUGGAACUAUACAUAUGAUCUGUUUAAGGUCUUCAACUUGUUCCAAGAAAUAGUACAGUGGGGUAUCAUUUUAAGCGGAUCUCGCCUGAGCAGUUACCGCUUACGUGAUUGGUAAUAUGAGAUCACUGAUCCCUUCACUGCCAAUUUAUAUGCAAUAGGUGACUUAAGAAUUAUUAUGCAAGAGAAUGGAGAGAAAUUUACUUUUUUCCUCACGGACACAAUAUUUCUAUCUUCUCUCUAUUUUCUAUUUAUUCUUUAAUUAUGCUUUCUUUCUUUCUCUUUAUUUUUCUUUUUACAGUACAGUAUUUCUUUACAUGAUUUCUCAUACUUUAUCUCUUAUUCUUGUUCUUAUUUACUUCAACAAUUAUGGAGGGUAUAGAUAGGAGGUGGAAGGUGGAGGAGAGAGUGGUAGAGGCAGGGUGUGGUGGGGGAAGGGAGGGUUGAUAGUCCCCCCCCACUCACACACACACACACACAAGGGUCACUUGUCCAUAACCCCCCUUGCAACUAAGUGUAUGUAGCGGGCUGUUGCCUCAUUCCCCAGUUUUUUAUUUAUUCUCGUAUUAUCAUAUGAUCAGCCUAUAUAGUGCAUGUUUCAUUAUAAGUAAUAUAACUUACAGUAUUAAAUAGAACAAAAUAUGAUAUACGAGUAUAAUUGGACUUUAAAAUUAAACGACAAGCUAAAUCAUUGUUUGUUGAUGGUGUGGCGGUACGGAGGGAAGUAAGACUCGGCAGCGGGUGACACAAGUUCUCAGCAAUGUUCAACUUAAGGAUGGUUUAAUGAGUGCUGAGCUCAGCCUGCAACACACUGAACAAACUCAGUGCACACUUAGACAGUUAGGUGGUACCCUACAGGCAGUGUUACCAAGAGUUUAAACUUUGACACCAAGCUCUCAUUCCUGUCUAUUUUGCUCCUCAACAAUUCAAGGAGAAUCCAGUGAUGAUGACCCCACUGCUCUGGGGAGUGAUGAAGGUGAAGUUGCUUUACACUUGUCGGUAGAGACAGUAGAGUAUCGCAUUGUUAACUUCCUGGGCCUUCUUAAAAUAUAUAUUUAAUAAUGUAGAUGCAGUUUGUGACGUAUCAUUUUUGGAUGGUUUAGUUGGUUACGCAGUCGUUCUAGAGUAAAGCUCUUGCGAGUCCAGUAUAAUAUUGCGAUUUUAACGUGUGUUGAAGGGCAUCGCUUGCGUGAAUUUCCGAUGCACGGAAGUGUACCAGUGCAAAAUGAGACCCCCACUGUACUUGAUAUGUUUUUCUCAAAUUUUUGAAUAUUUUGUUCAUAUAGCUAUUUGGUAUCAUUCUACUACAGUAUAUGCAUUCUGUAUAGCCUGAAGAACAGUGAAAGUAUAAUAUUUCAGGUCUACAAAAGCUUUUAUUGACAGUAUUCAGAAUUUACUGUAAGCAGUUGGGUUUACUAUAUUUUAUAAGUGUUGUGAAGUGAGACUGAAACUCCUCAUAGAUGAUCAACUCCUGACAUUCUAUUAUUGAAGAGCUUCCUCUUAAUAACUACUAGGAAAUAUGCAUUGUAUGUAACUAUAUUUACUUAUAAAUUUGUUGGAUAUUGUACUGGUUAGUUUCUUAUAGACAGUUGACUUUUAUUACAUACUUCUCAUGAAUGCCAUAAUCACUUGUUAGUCAUUUUAUUAUAUUGAUAGUUGUUGUUUAUUUAAGUUUAAAAAUCGGUCUCACAUGAGAUUCUUACUUAACUUAUCUGAGCAUCAAUAAAACUUAUUGUAUAUAA